UUCCAUUUAACCGGGUGGACACCUAAGACUUUAUAUUUGUUUCUUGAAGGAAAGUUGUCAAAUUCUAGCUGAAGGAUCAGAAAGGAGGAGGUAAUUGCUGAAAAGGAUAUGGGUCGGGUGUCAAAUUAUAAAUUAUUACUGGAUUGGGGAUGGAAACUGGUGGCAAUUCUCUUUCAUCUGGGGCUGAUGGGGUGAAAAGAAAGGUCUCGUACUUCUAUGAUCCGGAGGUUGGCAAUUACUAUUAUGGGCAAGGCCACCCAAUGAAGCCACACAGGAUUCGGAUGACUCAUGCUCUCCUUGCCCAUUACGGAUUGCUUCAACACAUGCAGGUUCUGAAGCCCUUUCCUGCAAGAGAUAGGGACCUUUGCAGGUUCCAUGCUGAUGAUUACAUUUCCUUCCUAAGGGGCAUCACCCCAGAAACACAGCAGGAUCAGCUUAGGCAACUAAAGAGGUUCAAUGUGGGUGAAGACUGCCCGGUAUUUGAUGGGUUGUACUCUUUUUGUCAGACUUAUGCUGGUGGGUCUGUAGGUGGUUCUGUGAAGUUAAAUCAUGGGCUUUGCGACAUUGCUAUCAAUUGGGCUGGUGGGCUUCAUCAUGCUAAAAAGUGUGAGGCUUCUGGAUUUUGUUAUGUCAACGAUAUUGUGCUGGCAAUAUUGGAACUUCUCAAGCUACAUGAGCGUGUUCUAUAUGUGGACAUCGACAUCCAUCAUGGAGACGGUGUAGAGGAGGCUUUCUACACAACUGACAGGGUCAUGACUGUCUCUUUCCACAAAUUUGGUGAUUAUUUUCCUGGUACAGGGGACGUACGUGAUGUUGGAUAUGGGAAAGGGAAAUACUACUCCCUGAAUGUUCCAUUAGAUGACGGAAUUGAUGAUGAGAGUUACCAGUCCUUGUUCAAACCAAUCAUUGGGAAAGUGAUGGAAAUUUUUAGGCCUGGUGCGGUAGUUCUACAGUGUGGUGCUGACUCCUUAUCUGGUGACAGGUUAGGCUGCUUCAAUCUUUCCAUCAAAGGCCAUGCAGAAUGUGUCAGAUACAUGAGAUCAUUUAAUGUGCCCCUGUUGCUGCUCGGUGGUGGUGGUUAUACCAUCCGGAAUGUUGCUCGUUGCUGGUGCUACGAGACGGGAGUGGCACUUGGUGUAGAAGUUGAUGACAAAAUGCCACAGCAUGAAUAUUACGAGUAUUUUGGUCCAGAUUAUACACUUCAUGUUGCUCCUAGUAAUAUGGAGAACAAGAACUCACGCCAGUUAUUGGAUGAAAUUAGAGCAAAGCUUCUUGACAAUCUCUCAAAACUCCGGCAUGCACCGAGUGUCCAAUUUCAGGAACGGCCACCUGAUACUGAGCUGCCUGAGGUCGAUGAAGAUCAAGAUGAUGCAGAUGAAAGAUGGGAUCCUGAUUCAGACAUGGAAGUUGAUGAUGAACGAAAGCCUCUGCCUAGCAAAGUGAAACGAGAAAUUAUAGAGCCUGAGCUUAAAGAUCUGGAAGAUCAGAGAGGGGUUGCAGAGCAUGCCAGAGGUGUGGACGGGACAGCAGAGGAGAUCUCAUUCUCAAAGGCUUCAGAUGUGGGUUCAAUGUCGAUAGAUGAACCAGUCAGCAUAAAAGUUGAGCAAGAAAAUAUGAACAAACUGCCUGAUCAGUCUGUUAAGAUGUACCCUUAAUGGUGAACACUUGUUACAGAGAUGAGACGUCUAACACUAACACAGCUGUGUGAUAUGUAAAUCUUGAUUGGCUGUAUUCUUUCGUCUCGUUUUUGUAUUUUUUUAAGUUUUGUAAUGAUCAGAGGAAAAGGUUUUUAAUCGUGAGUUCAUGCUCUGUACAAAUUAUUGGAAGGACGUUACUUCUAACCUUUUGCUUUCUGGAACAGUAAUGGUAUUUUGAUUGUAGGAAAAUUAUUGCAGUGGUCUCGUGUCGAUAAUUUA